GGGGCGCGCAGGAUGCUUGCCCGCCUGCUCCUGUCUCUGGCGGCGCUCGGCGGCCCGCGCUGGAGCUCCGGCGCCCACGGGACUGAACUGCCUAGCCCUCCUUCCGUGUGGUUUGAAGCUAAAUUUUUCCAGCACAUCCUCCACUGGUCACCCAUCCCAAAUCAGUCCAACAGCACCUACUAUGAAGUUGCCAUCCUUAAGUAUGGAAAAGAAGACUGGCAACUUCUUCCCAACUGUAGCCAGCGCCUGGUGCUCUCCUGUGACCUCACCUUGUUCACUCUGGACCUGUACCGCAGCUUUGGUUACUGGGCCCGGGUCCGGGCCAUGGAGGGCAGCCAGCACUCCAACUGGACCAUCACUAAAACCCGUUUCACCAUGGACGAAGUGACCCUGACGGUUGGUAGCGUGAAGCUGGAGGUGCACAAGGACUUCAUCCUUGGGACCAUUCAGCCCCCCAGGCCCCAGAUAACCCCUGAAGGUGACGCCUAUGAAAACAUCUUUGAAUUUUUCCGUCAGUAUAAGAUUGCCAUCCGCAAGGUGCCAGAAAACAUGUUCACAGUCUAUACGGUGCCCCAUGAGAACUUCAACCUGUCAGUGCCUGGAAAGUGGGGAGAGUUCUGUGUGAAGGUGAAACCAUCAGUGGCAUCCCGAACAAACAAGGCAGAAUGGUCGGAGGAGCAGUGUUUACGUCUCAGCCAGCAGUAUUUGACGGUGACGAACCUCAGCAUUUUCUUCACCCUCUUCCUGCUGCUCUGCGGAGGCCUGGUCUUCUUGGCCCUCCAGAAUUACGUGCGGAGCAAGGGGAAGCUCCCUGCAGUUCUGGACUUUAAGAAGCCUGAUCCCUUCAUCCCAAACAACCUUCCCUGCCCAGAGAUUUACAACACCAUCCACAUUUUGGGCCCUGAGGCCUUCCUGAAGGUGUCCCCGGAGCCGAGGGACUCGGACCUGCACGGCAGUACAGACAGUGGCUUUGGCAGCUGCAAGCCAUCACUACAGACUGAGGAACCCCCGUUCCUCCUCCCUGGCCCUGAACCUCAGUCUCAGGGGACUCUGGGAAAGGGGGAGUCCCCAGAGCUACAGGACAGCCAUAGCAAUGGCAGCAGCAACAGCACGGACAGUGGAAUCUGCCUACAAGAGCCCAGCCUGCACCGUGGCCCCGGGCUCAGCUGGGACCAGCAAGUCAGGAGUGCUAGCCACAGUCAGGAUGACAGUGGCAUUGGCUUAGUCCAGAACUCUGAGGGGAAACUUGAGCACACACAAUGCCAGUCAGCCUUGGGACACAUCAGCAUACUGGAGCCCAAGGUCCCUGAGGCAGAAGAUCCAGCUGUGAUGACAUUCCAGGGCUACCUAAAACAGACCAGGCCCACAGAAGAGACUGCAAGCUCCGGAGGCUCCCUAGAUGAGAAUCCUUUGACAAAUGACCUUGGUCCCAAACCCUGGACGUGUCUGCAGGCUGAAACAGGCUGGCCUCUACCAGCUCUGGCAAAAGGCUAUUUGAAACAGGAUUCCCCGGGGCUGGGUGUGGCUCCUACAAGGGCUCCAGCUGGCCAGUGGAACCAGCUGACAGAGGAGUGGCCACUCCUGGCCUUAGCCAGCUGUGAAGACCUGAGCUUAACUAGCUGGAGGUUUACCCAUGGUCUUGGUUCUCUGGAUUGUGUGGUAGCUCCCAUUGGACUUCUGGGCAGCUUUGACUCUGACCUGGUCAACCUGUCACACAUCUCCAGCCUAAACUCAAAGGAGUGACGUGAGAUAAGGUCUGUUUUGAUGCUAGUCGUGCCUACUCCCUGGCCUAGACCGGAUGGACAGUCCAAGGGUCAAAGGGGUACGUGAAGUCAAGUUGACCAGAUGGAUGGUCCAGGGGUCAAAGGGAUAUGUGAAGCCAGGCUGGGUACUUUUCUACAGGUCCCCAAGGGACUGGAAGAGGCCAUCUUGCUGGAUGAAUGCUGGGUACAUGGGUGGCAGUGGCCCAUUCUGUUCAUUGGGGCCCUGCAGGCUACCACGGUGCUGAAAGGGAUGGGAAGAGGCCUUCUCCCUCCUUGAGAUUUGUUUCUGUAUCACAGGAUCCUGUGCUGUGCUGUGCUGGGGAACUCUGGGACCUUAGGAACCAUGCCAGGCUGAAAUCAGCUUAGCCCAUACCAGGAGGCACCAGGGUGUAGAGAGGGUAGAGGGUGCCGAGUGAGCUCCAGGGGGAGAGUAGGGGGCAGGGCAAGUUGGAUCUCUGAGGUGAUCACAUGGGGAUACUUCCCUACUGGGGCUGGCAGCCCACUUGGGCAAGGAGCUUGUCAUGGGGAGAUCUUCAGUAUGUGGCUGCCCUAGAUGUGGGGCAAAGGGUCUCAGACCCAUGACACGGUUUCCAGUUUUAUGGGGUGUCUCUGAUAUCCAUCUGCAGACAUCUCCCCUCUUUCUAGCAAACAUUGCUUUGUCCCCUUGGGGAUACCAUCUUGCUGAUACACCAAAGAAGCUAUGGUUGUCUGCAUUGGCCAGAGUUCUGCCCUUCAGACAGCCUUAGUUAGCCAGCCUUAGUCAGGUCCCAAAGAGUCAGGGGUGGAACCUACAUCUAUAUUUGCUGCUAAUGCCCGGCUGCAGACCUCCAGGGCAGCGUACUGGGCUAGUGUCCUUGCCCUCUGUGUUCAGUGUGACCAUGGACCUGUCACUUCUCAGAAGACUUCAGUGCCCCCAUCUGUGAAACAAGGACUGAAUCUUUAGAGGGUCCUCCAUGUGAAAUGUUAUCUAAACUGGCCCUGUCAGCCUCUGGGUGGGGAGGAAGUGGACUCCGGAACCCAUCUGCCCACAGCCAGCUUCCUCCUCAUGUGAAGGGCUGCAGAUCUUACAGAAGUCCAGGACAUUGUGCCAGAAGAGUUGUUGGUCACUGGGGCCCAGAGAGGGCUUUUGUGGGUCCUGUUUCCCACACUGCGCUUGGAACCUGUCUUUAAACAAAGGCAGUUUAUGAUCCCUAGGCAAGGAUAUUGGAAGGGAUGACAGGCUUGCAGUUACCCACACCCCCGAGCAUUCCUUGGCCUUACAUGUCUCUGUAGCUUUUCAGAACUUGUAGCCCAAGGAAGCCAUCUAUGAACCUUGCCGCCCUGUCAAGAUCAGUGCCAAACUAGUUACAGAGCUCCCUCUGAAAUUGAGAGGGCUCCUUGCGGUUCCUGUGGAACAUUUAUUUAUUUAUUUUGUACACUUAUUUAUUGAAGAGGUGGCCCCAGGACUGACAAAGAGUUCUAGGUCUCUUGGGAGCUCUGAGGUUUAGUUUUGCCCACAGUGUUUCUAGCAGUGUGUCCUUGGACAAGUCACUUUUCCUCUGGGCCCCAGUUUCCUUGUCUAAAACUGGAAAAGUCCCUGACCUGCCUCAUCCCUAGAAGCAUGAGAUUCCACUGAGAAUGAAUGGAUGUAUAUGU